CUUGUAAAUCGUAAUUCUUCUGGAACAAGGCCUGGAAGUCGGCUGUGCUGGGCCGGUGGGGGCUGCGUGCCUCCUUCCCAGCAGGGAAGCCUGCAAACGGCUUUUCGAGGACGAGUUCCUGAGGAAACGAGCAGUAAUAUCUUGGAAUGCCUGUCAGAACGCCGGCAAUGCCGUCAUGAUGAAGCACUGACCUCAAUGUAUCGUGAGCUCACCUGCGUUGCCAGGGAGAUGGAACCCUUUGUUUUGGAGCCUGGAAAAUUUCUUCUGACAAAACUGAUGGAAUCUGAUAGAAAAAUUGAACUUCUCUUUAAAAAGAUUGAGUCAGACACUGCUCUGGAAGGUUUCUCAUUUGAAGGUUUAGAAGAACUGUGGAACAUCAUUCAUCAGGAAUCCUUGACCAGAAGGAAGUGGAUUAGGGAAAUGGAUGAAUCCCUAAAAAAAGUUGAAAGGAGUCGAGCUGAUAAAAUAACAAAUGUACUGAAGAAGUAUACUGUGGUACUAGAGGAAAUUUCCUUCUUCUUGUCAGCUGAUGUUUACAGGCUCAUGAAUGAUGAGGCCAUGAUGAUUAACAGAGCACUGUUGGCCAAUCAGAGGGCAAUUGCCAAGCUGUUCUUUAAUCUAAUGAAAUCGCAGAUGAAGAGGGAAUUAUCACAUCGAUUGAAAUGGCAAGAUAGAGUCAAGGACUGGAAGCUCAUCCAAAAGAACUAUGUAGUUCACCGUUUCAGUGAUUUGUUGCCUCCAAUACACAAGAAAGCUGACAUAAAUGAAUGGUACGGAUCUUUGGUGAAUUUAAACAAAAGUAUAGAUACCCACAAUGUGCAGUGUAUGAUGAAAAUUCGCAUCCAGUAUGAGACGGUCCAGCAAAAAUGUUUGGCAGAAAUGCAGUUAUGCAAGAAUAACCUGUUGAAUCUGAAUGUUUGCACAAAAAAAGAGGCUGAAGAAAUUGUGAAUUCUGAGUUACUUCAGUUGACUGAGAAACUACAAAGUCAGUUUGCAGAAGAACUGGAGAAUAUGGAUAGAGACUUUGAGGAGCUGGCUAAACGGAAUGAGUGGAAUUGUAGAGACUUGUACAGCUAUUUUCAGGAGGCCAUGGGUCUCUGGGAUGUUCAUCAACUCAAACUGUCCCAACAGGAAUGUGAACUUCAGAAGAGAUUAGAUGGAUGCAGGUGGAAACAGGAUAACUUAAUACAGAUGAUGGAAGCUAAUCUGGAUAUAAUUUUGGAUAAAAUGAGAACAGCGAGCUCUGAAGAAAUGUUGAAGAAACAUUGGGAGAAUGCCCUUUCUUCUUUAGAUGACAUUAGAGCUAGGUAUGAGACAUUCAACCAAGUUCUAAUGGAUAAAGUAAUGACUUACCCAGAAGCUAUUUUGCAGGAAUUGAUUUCUUAUAGUAUAUCCAUCAGCCAAUAUUUUAAUGUAAAGGAAAUCUUCAAACAGAACUUACAAGGAAAUACAGACUUCACAUUUCAAGAUCAAGUUAAGUUUUCAGAAGCUGAACACCUGAUGGAGCAGCAAGCUGAGAGCAUUGUGCAAGAAAAUGAAGGCGAGGAAAAGACAGAUAGUUGUCAGAGAGAAACUGAAGAAACAAACACAGCUGAGAAUGAGAUCUUUGCACAGGAAAGUGAAGAAACAGAGGGAAAAGAAGAUAGGGAGAGUAUUCCUCAUGAAAGUGAAGAAACUGAGCAUGCAGAACAGGGGGUAAGCUUUAUGCAGGCUGUGUUCAACAGCAGCAAGGCAGAAAGGUCUGAAAUUGCCGUUGAGACUUUUUCCACUUCUAGUGGAAACUCUUACACAGUUCUUGGACCUGAAGAGGCAGGAAAGACUGACAGCCCAGACGUUUAUUUUACAAAAUAUGAAAAAAAAGAAUCACUUCCUAUGUACCUGAAAUAUGUACUUAUCAAAGAAAUCGUGUUUGUAGAGCUGAAGAAACGGAUUCGCCUUGGCUUUUUUGAACACUUGGAGAAAUGGUUUGCAGAGUCCUUGUCCAACUCCUGUGUCUUUGUAGAUGCCAAGAAAGAGGAGCUGAAUUCAGAACUUCAGCUGCGUCUUCACCUCCAUCAACAAAGGCAGGAGAAAAUACAGACAACUGUCUACAAUGUUAGAGCUGUGGAACUGUUGCUUCACAAAGAGCGUCUAGAGUGCCACUGUGCAGGGGUGGAGGAAGCUCUGAAAAAGGAGAGAGCUGAAUUUCUCAGAUUUUGUGAUCAGCAAAGUAACAUCAGCAAAAACUUACAUUCACGAAUCCGUGACAUGGAGUCUGUUUUUCUCAGUGCUCCUAUGACGGAGAAAUUAUUUUUGGAGGGAGGUAACUUUUCUCCUGAGGAGGUAAAAUCGUUCAGUAAGUGUCUUCAGGAAGAAAGUAAGCGUAUUGACUCUUUUGAAAGUUCAAUCAAGACAGAUAUGGAGAAAAUGGAAUCGAGCUGCUUGGAGCAGGCUACUGAACUUAUCAACCAGUCUGAAACAAAGUUCCGUUACCUCUUCAUGAAUCGAGUAUUUAUGGAGAAGAUCCGAAGAUUUUUGACACAUCUACGAGUGCAAAUCAAAUCAGAGGUAGCAAAUUCCAAUUCACAGGCAGUGACAUUAAACUCUUAUCUGGAGAAGCUCCAUCAGAAGAUAGGUGCUUGUGCUCAUCCUACUGCAGAUAAAGAAGAAGAUUUUACCCCUCUUGCAACGGAUGUUACGUUACAAGGUCCAAUUGCUGUUGCCAUUCGAACAGAGCAUCUCAGAGAUGAGAACAAAGUGAUGGUGAUGGGACUGGAUCCUGUCAAAUUUCCUUUGUUGAAUCCAAGCAGAAUGGGAAAGUCUGCAGUUGAUGAUUUAUCAAUUAGUGUUAUCAAAAAUUUACUUGAAAUUCAGCCAUCCAGAAAAUCUUCAGGCCUAAAUCAGGAGAGAAAUGAUCAUUCACAUUCAUUAGGACAAGCAAUUCUUCCCACAUCAAAGAAGAAUUAUGGCUUAAAUGUAUCUGAUGAAGGUCCUCAGAAUUCUGCUACUUACAGCUAUGCAGCUCGGAUCACCAAGAAGUCAUCUUUUAAGAAAAAGGUGCCGAAAGGAAGGAAACAGAAACACACCAGAUCAGUUGUCAGUGACAAGACAUUCCAGAUAUUUGGAGAGAAGCCUCCUGAAUCUAAUACUUUUAAGGGGAUUAUUAUGAAUAUUCUCUGGACAGGUAAUAGCAGCUUGCUCUGCCUUGCUGAGGAGUUCUACCAAAAAGAGAAGCCUCAAUUUGCAAAGCUGGAAGAUGUGCCAGAGACUUUUGAACAUUGCGCAGAAGUACUCAAGCAGAAUCUAUUGUCAUACCAAAGUCAGACAGAUGAAUACUACAAUUCCUGUCUUACAGAAUUUCAGGAUCAGUUGAAGUUGUUUGAGAAGGAGCUCCCUUAUAUCUCCCAGGUGGCAGUUGAUAGUCUUUUAAAAGAACACGAGCAGAAACUCAGCUGUUCCAUUGGCCAGAUUCGGCACCUCUUCAAUAAACAGUUGGAAGACUGGGAGAAUAUGAAGGACUGUGCUGCUGAGUGUGCUCAGAACUUUGUUUCUGCACUAGCUGCCUUCACUGAAAAGCUGCUUCUGGAAUUCGAUGAAAGUAUCACCAUUGAUGAUAUACAAAUAGCAAAAACUGAAAGACCAAGAGAGAAGACUUCCACAUUAAUCCAUCAUGAACAAGCUGGACUUCCUCUGGAAAUCUGUGACCUUAAACAGUUAAUUGACCAUGGGAGCAGGUAA